GGAGGAGGCCCAGGGGACGGCCCAGGACACGGUGGAGGGACUAUGUCUCUGGGCGUCUCUGCUUAGUCUGCUGCCCCCGCGACCCGGUCCUAGAUGAAGUGGAAGACGACGAGUACGAGUAAAAUUUAUUUAGGUAGAAUAGAAACUGGUUAAAUUAUUUUUGAAAAGGAUAAACUACAUGAGCUUUUAAAAACUUGUGUGGGGUGAGUAAAGCUCAUUGGCCUCGGAAAGUAUAUUUUUAUUUUGCACAUUUAAAAGUUCAGUUCAGUUUAUUUAUAUUGUGCCAAAAUACACAAAACAGGUCCAGUUACAUUCAAUCAGUUUUUUUUCAGUCAACAUUCAUAUUAAAUCCAGUAAUGAAAUGACGUUAAAGCCGAUCAGUAAAAAGUGUCUAAGAAUACGAGGUGGUGGUCCAUUUCAAACCAUCCCACUUUUCCCAGUUUGCCUUUUUGGCUCUGGAGUGCAUUACAUCUUGAUCUAUCCUGAGUGAGCACAGGGUGGCAGUGGAUGGAUCUUCUCCCUCUCCUCCUUACAGAAAAUGAAGCCCUGAUCCAGCUGUCCACCUGUUGCUCCCUGCUGCCAUCUCUCCUUUACAUGAGACAGAAACUUACCUUGACCCAGAGCGGGCAGUUCACCUUUCUAAAGGGUCCCUGAGCCUCAGUCUCAACUGCACCCAGGUUUCUGGCAUGUUCUGCAGUUUUCAGCCUAGUAAAGCUGGUCUCUAUCUUGCUUUCUGCAUAAAGUUGGAAAGAAAAGUAAACCUGGAGGAAAUUUUGGCUCACCUACUUAUUGCUACAUUAGACACACUUAUGCGUGUCAGUAGGAGUGGACCGGCAGCAGCACGGGUCGCGGCCGUUUAACGUUUUUGGUGCCAUUUAACGGAAGUGGAAUAAAAGUUUUGAAAUACAAACUACCAAUAAUCUUAAAAAUAAUGAAACCAAUCCGUUUGACUAGUGCACAAAAACCAGGCGAGACCUAAGUUGUUCUGCGGCUGUUAACUGAUUCCUGUUUCUCCUGAGAGUUUUUCCUGCAUGUGGGUCAGAAACCUUAAACCCGCCAUAACAUAAACUGGCCAAAGAUUGUAUUCAAGUAAGAGCAGCAGCAUUUCAGUGUAUUUUUACUCAAAUAGAAGUAUAAAGUGGUCAUCCAAACAAAUGACUGAAGUAAAGGUAAAAAGUAUUUGGUAAAAAGCUGUCUUGAAUCUUGUGCGCAAACAAGAAGUCUCACUUUAACAAACUGUACUGUCCGUGGUAUUUUUCACUUGUUCCUCAUCCAAUGAAGUAACUAGUAGUAGGUAGAGUAGCAUUUGCUCAAAUAAAGUUACUUAUAUAAAAGUAACUAAAACUACUCCUAAAGGUUUUUUUUUUUUUAGAGCAUUCAAGUGAGUAAAUGUAACUAGUUGUUACCCAGCUUGGCAAAGAUUUGCUGUAGAAGCUGCAGGUGGGUGAAGCCAUAAGAUUUGUUUGUCUCUGUCAUGAUCUGUUUCCAGCACACCAAGGUACAUUUUCCACUGUUAUACUUUCAGUUUCUCUUCUUUUUUCUUACAUUUUGGUUUUGGGUUUAAAUGCAGGAGUGCUUUUAAACUCAUUGAAGAUCUAGGUUUCACAUUUACCACAUCCAGCCAAAUAAAUACAGAAGCUUCCCAACAAAUAAAAGCCCCACCUACUCAUUUGUUGGCUUUCUUUUAUCCUACGUCACUAAACAUGUAAUUUGUUCAGUGAAUCUACAAAUUACAUGAUUGUAUCCAUCCACCCAUCAUCUAUACCUGCUUGUCCUUGUAUGGUGCCUAUCUCCAGCCGUCAAGUGAUGGGGUACAGCUGGAUAGGUCAACAGUCCAUUACAGGGAAACACACACACACACACACACACACACACACACACACACAAACCAAAGCACCACACUGUGGGAGGAACCACACAUGCACAGGGAGAACAUGCAAACUCCAUGCUCAAGGACCCCAGGCUGGGAUUCGAACCUUAGAGCAUUUUGCUGCAAGGCAACAGUGCUAACAACCAGGCCACCGUGCAGUUCAUGUCAGUUUUCGUUUUUUUAGCUAAUUUCAAUGAAAAGGCAGACAAGUGUCUGUCAACUAAAAAUAAAUUUUGAAAUGUUCUUGUGUUAAAUUACCUGAAAUAUGUCUGAGUUCAGGUCAGCGAGAAGGAGGCCAGCACCAUAUAGGUUCAUUCCUUUGUGUUUAGUUUCUUACUUGUGUUCCUCCCUCAGUUUAUUCUGGUUUGUUCUUUUAUGUUAGUGUUUGUAGAGCCUUUCGGUCUAAGUUUAGUUAAGUGUUACCCCCUGUUCUGCAACUGAAAACCCUGAGUAUGAUAGUGUGAAGUAGGUCUACUCAGGGUAUGUGCUUUCUACUCUGAGCUUGUUAAGCCGCUUCCUAAAAGGACUCUGGUAUUUCUGGGUUUUAUUAAUGCUAGUAAGGUCUUACCAUACUCAGUUCAUUUCUGUGAGUUAUUAUUGUUGUUAAGGUCUUGCCAAAUUGAUUAAUUCCUUUGUGUGUAGUUUCUUGUGUUCUUCCUUCAGUUUAUUCUGGUUUGUUCUUUUAUUUUAAUGUUUGUAGAGUUUUUGGGUCUAAGAUCAGCUCCCUGUGUGUUAUAUGUGCUCAGUUAUCUCCCACAGCUGUUCAGUAUCCUACUGAUUAGGCUCACCUGGUUCCAAUAUCAUUCUCCACCCUUGUAUGCAGCAUUGAAGUUGCAUGUUUUUCAUGCUGGAUUCUUCUGUUAUGCUCCUCUGGUUUCAAUGCCCUGCACUCCUCGUGUUAAACCUGUGAGCAAAAAGGUGGCAGUGAAGAGGAACUGAUCAACAACCCCAUUACAGCAGACAAACCCUUCAUCCAGCUGUUCAUCUCCAUCCUGCCAUCAUUCCUUAAAAACAUGCCAGAGGAACUGAACUCCUUCACUUGAGACAGAAAUUUAUCUAGACCCAAAGCUGUAGGGUUAACGUUGAUCUACGGUUUAGUGAAGAUUACUGGCAUGGAGAUGGAUGCCUCCAGCGUGACCUGGGUUUGGGUGUUUGCCAUUUGCAUGCUCGGGAUCUCUAUGCUGGGAACUCACGCUGCUCGCACCGAGAAUAAAUCCUGCCUCAAAGUUUUUGCAGGUUUCAUGGGAAUUGGAAUGAUCAUCAUGCUAAUCUUUGGAAUUGCUGUAGCUGUUUUAAAAAACCCGACCAUUGAAAAGUUUCAAAGUGAUGAAUUUGCCAAUGAGAUCAUGAAGAACGGUCACACAAAAGAACUGCUUGAGAUCCUACAACAACAUCUUCAGUGUUGUGGAUGGACUGGUGUCGAGGACUGGGGCACCUCCAUCCCUGACUCUUGUAGGUGCCCAUUGUCAUAUGGAAAAUUGGAAACAGCUGAAUGUAAAUCCAGGCCUGAGGGAUUCACUGGACCAUCUGAUAUCUACUCCAAGUCCUGCAGUCAUGCUCUUAUGUAUUAUGUUGAACUUGGCUUCAAGAUUUCCUUGGGCAUCUUUUUUGGAUUCUUUGUCAUUGCUGUGAUCGGCUUGAUCAUCGCCAUCAACAUGAUUCACCAGAUCAGUCAUCACAGCAGCAUUGGACAAACAGCUUUUGCAUUGAAGGCAUAUUGAAGUCAACCUUCAUGUCUUGGAGGGUUUUUGUGGCAUGAUGCAAAAUAUUAAUUCUGUUUUAAAGUUUUUUCUUAUUUGCCCUUGUAUUAGUAGAAAUGCUGCCAUAUAAAAAUGUUUUCCAAACCCAUAAA